ACUUUCUGGAUUUCUAACACCUUGUUGUAAUAUAAAUAUCGAUUAAAAAAAAAAGGUUCCAAAGUGUAGGUCAAUUUAGCCGCUGUGAAAAAGCUUUCGAGUGAUGAUUCCGAUGGAUAAUUAUUGCGUACCGAGCACUAGCACGACCGGUUUAGUAUUUUCGGCGAAUUCGAGCAUGAAUGCUUCCUCUGGAUUUCACCUUACUGUAAAUUCUCCGACUUCCGUUACUGGACUCAAACAUGAAGCUUCUUUGGCUGUCGACUGGUCUGUUGAGGAACAGUAUGUAUUGGAGAAAGGUCUUGCAAAAUUUAAAGAUGAACCACAAGUUACGAAGUAUGUAAAGAUCGCAGCAACUCUACCAGAUAAAAGUGUACGGGAUGUAGCAAUGAGAUGUAAAUGGAUGACGAAUGGAAUCCGUUUUUACAGCAAAAACGAAGAAAAGGGGAAGAACAUAGUACCCGGCACGAAGGUUAGUUAUAGAAAGUUGGUGGAUUUACCCCCAAAACUGAACAUGUUCUCAACUGUCCCACAACAAAAUGCUACAUAUGCCAUGAACCAUAUGUGCCAGAGUGCACGCAUGCCUUUUGAAGGUCUAAGUGAUGCGGUUAUGGAGCGUCUAAGGCAGAAUGCUCAAGCUUUCAGCCAAAUUUCUUCAAACCUUUCUGUGUGCAAGCCACAGGAUAACGUCAGUCUGUUUUAUAUGGCAAGAAAUAACAUCAGUGCCAUCUUGAAUGACAUGAAGGAGAUGCCUGGUAUCAUCAGCCGGAUGCCGCCUCUGCCUGUCUCAAUUAACAAUGAUCUUGCAAGCAGUUUAAUGGUGAGUACAACACAGCCGAGAUCUUAUAGCAUUCCCUCAAGCAUCUAUCUGAAGCAGGAGCCAAGAAACUGACGGGGGAGGAAACUGGAUUUUGACUGAUGCUAAAGGAACUAGCACAAGAAACCUCCGGUAAAUGG